AUGUUUAAUUUGAAAAAACCGACUGUCCAUGGUAUCAUCAAAAAAUACCAAACCCAAUGGCAAAUCGAGGCAAAGAAGCGUGGUGGCAACAGAUCUAAACUAUUGUCGCAGCAAGCCGUAAAUGAUGUUCGGAACUGGAUCGACGAGGACUGCACGGUGACGCUUAAAGCACUCGCAGAGAAAGUGUUCGAACAACACGGUGUUCGAGUUUCGUCCACAACCAUAGCGAGGGAAAUAAAAGGAUUCAACUACUCUCUGAAGAUGGUCAAACUGUUACCGGAGCGAUGCAACACACCAACGACUGUCGAAGAAAGGAAACAUUACGCUACACAAUUUUAUGAAAUUGCGCGCGGAAUUCCGGAUAAUGGAUUAAUCUAUUUAGACGAAGUAGGAUUUAACGUCAGUAUGCGUACGCUAAAAGGACGAUCGCAGAGAGGAACACCGGCCACCAUCACCGUUCCACAGUUAAGGACUAGGAACAUCUCCAUCAUUUGUGCUAUGCAUCGGUACGGCGUGCUGCUUUACACCACACACACUCGAUCCGUAAACCGUGAACGGUUAAUACAGUUUAUUGAAGAACUAAAGCAAACCCUGCGAUCGAAGAACAUUAACAGCAGCUACUUCAUAAUGGAUAAUGUAGCUUUCCACAAAACACCCGCACCAGUGGAAGAAUUUUGUGAGGCGAAGCAAUCCUUCAAAUGAGGAUCAAUUGAUGGAAGCGAUUCGGAAUGGAUCCAGGCUAAUAACCGCACAGGAUUGCGAUGGCUACAUUUCGAAUAUGA